AUGCUGUUCUCUUGGCUUUUUAUCUUCUGGUUUUUACAGACGCCAGCACACGUCAGGAUCGUUGCAACCUAUUCCUGCCUAAAAGAAACAGAAUACCUGCUACACUAUGAUGGGUCUGUGGUCAUUGGUGCAUUUUUUCCUCUUUUUGGUUACAGUGGUCCAAGGGGAAAAAUGGAUUGGAAGACAUUAUAUUUGGAGACAGACAGCUUUCUCGGGAUGAAUAUACAAAACUACCAGCUUGUUUUGGCCAUGAUAUUUGCCAUCAAUGAAAUCAACUUGAACCCCCAUAUUUUACCAAACACAACUCUGGGACUUGAGAUUUGCAAUCUGCCAGUUCGUGAAAGGAGCAUUCUGAAGAGUGUAUUCUAUUGGCUCACAGGUUUGAGCAAAUCAGUCCCUAAUUACAACUGUCGAAAAGAGAGCAAAUCAGCUGCUGCACUUACUGGAAUAUCAUGGAAAACAUCUGAAAACAUUGGGAUGCUGUUGGAUCUUUACAAAUUUCCUCAGCUUACUUUUGGGCCUUUUGAUGAUGUAAAGAUUGACAAAAACCAGUUUCCAUCUCUGUACCAGGUGGCUCCCAAAGACACAGCUCUUUUGUCUGGUAUAGCCUCUUUGAUGCUUCAUUUCAGCUGGACCUGGGUGGGGCUGCUCAUCACAGAUGACCACAGAGGUGCUCAGUUUUUAUCAGAUUUUAGAACAGAGCUGGAAAAGAAUAAAAUAUGCAUAGCUUUUGUGGAAACAGUAACAUAUAUAGGAGAAGCAAUAAUUCAUACACUAACCUAUACUCAGGUGCAUAUUCUAGAGUCAUCAGCAGAUGUGAUUGUAACUUAUGGGCCCACUGAUUUUCUGUUAUGUGUAAUGACUACUGUGUAUAGAAAACACAAAAUGAACAAGGUUUGGGUUGUAAAUUCAAAAUGGAUUGGCAAAGAAUAUAACCAAUAUACCAUGUUAGAUAUGUUCCAUGGAGCUCUUACUUUUUCACCCCAUCAUGGGGAGAUUGGUGGUUUCACAAAUUUUGAGCAGGAAGCCACCCCUAUCAAUUACCCAGAAGAUAUUUUUCUUCAUAUCUUUUGGUCCUUGUAUUUCGAUUGCUUAGUAUUGCAUUCUGAAUGUAAAAUCUUUGAAAACUGUGUGCCCAAUGCCACUUUGGAAUUGUUGCCAGGGAGAGUUUUUAAAAUGGUCAUGACUGAAGAGAGUUACAAUGUGUACAAUGCUGUGUAUGCAGUGGCUCACAGUCUCCAUGAGAAGAAUCUCAAUCAAAUACAAGUUCAACCACAGGCAAAUAUUGAUAGGACUCUGUUAUCACCCUGGCAGCUUCACCCUUUUCUGAAGAAUAUUCAAGUGAAAAAUUCUGUUGGUGACCAUGUGGUUCUGGACUGGAAAAGGAAGGCAGAUCCAGAGUAUGAUAUUACCAACUUUGUGAGCUUCCCAGCAGGUCUGCCACUAUUAGUGAAAGUGGGUACAUUUAUUCCCAGUGCGUCCAACGGGAAACAAUUGUUGAUAUCUGAAUAUAUGAUUACCUGGCCCAUAGGAUUUACAGAGACUCCUCAGUCUGUCUGCACUGAGAGCUGCAGUCCUGGAUUCAGGAAAGUCGUCCUUGAGAGCAAGCCUGCCUGUUGCUUUGACUGCACUCCUUGCCCAGACAAUGAGAUCUCCAAUGAGACAGGUAUGGAUCAGUGUGUGCAUUGUCCAGAAACUCAUUAUGCAAAUGCAGAGAAGAGACACUGUCUGAAGAAAACUGUCACCUUUCUGGCCUAUGAUGAUCCUUUGGGAAAGGGACUCACAUUCAUGUCCCUUGGAUUUUCUACUCUCACAGCUCUUGUUACUUGGGUCUUUGUAAACCACAGAGAUACUCCAAUUGUCAAGGCCAAUAACAGAUCUCUCAGUUACAUCCUGCUCAUCACUCUCACCCUCUGUUUCCUCUGUCCAUUGCUCUUUAUUGGCCUUCCAACCACAGUAACAUGCGUACUGCAACAGAACGUGUUUGGACUUCUGUUCACAGUGGUUCUAUCCACUGUCUUGGCCAAAACUAUCACUGUAGUUAUGGCCUUCAAAAUUACUGCUCCAGGAAGAACAAUAAGAUGGUUGCUGAUAUCACGGUUACCUAAGUUUGUCAUUCCAGUUUGUACCCUGAUACAAGUACUUCUCUCUGGUAUAUGGCUGGGAAUGUCCCCUCCAUUUACUGACAUGGAUGCUCACUCUGAACAAGGACACAUCAUCAUUCUUUGCAACAAGGGUUCGGUUAUUGCCUUCCACUGCACAUUGGCCUACCUGGGAGUCAUGGCCUUUGGGAGUUACCUCAUGGCUUACUUGUCCAGGAAUCUGCCUGACACGUUUAAUGAGUCCAAGUCCAUGGCUUUCAGCAUGCUUGUGUUCUGCAGUGUCUGGGUCACCUUCCUCCCUGUCUACCACAGCACCAAAGGGAAGGUCAGGGUGGCUAUGGAAAUUUUCUCUAUCUUGGCUUCCAGUGCAAGCAUUCUCAUUGUAAUCUUUGCUCCUAAGUGCUACAUUGUUUUGUUCAGGCCAGAGUUGAACGCACUUCCUCACAACAGUAAUAAAAGAUACCACAGGAGCAAGAUUUUACUUAAAACAUAG